AUGUCUCUCAUAUUGAAUAUCUUAAGAAGGAUGCUGGAAUAUUUUGGUGUCCCUAUAGACCAGGUUUUGCUGAUUUGGGAAAAUAAAGACCAUGGAUCAACUCGGAGUAUCGUUCGUAUUAUUGGGAAAAUGCUUCCAUUAGAACCUUGUCGAAGACCUAAUUUUGAGUUGAUCCCAUUCUUGAACUCUGUGGACUCUGAUAACUGUGGAUCUGUUGUUCCAUCUUUUGCUGAUGUUUUGUAUGUGGCAAAUGAUAAAGAAUCCAGUUAUCUCAGAUUUCGAAAUAGUAUAUGGGAAAAUGGGGAAGAGGAGAAAAUUGAAUUUUUCCAUCCUUUGCCACCAGUUUGGGAUCCAUUGUCACCUGCUCUAAGACAUAACAAACCAGUGAACAAUGAUCUGCCUGUAAAUGAAGCUGCAAUUAAAAAAAUAGCUGCCCUUGAAAAUGAGCUAACUUUUCUUCGCUCUCAGAUUGCUGCAAUUGUGGAAAUGCAGGAACUGAAAAAUAGGGCAAAUUCUGGCUCCUUGGACUUGAAUGAUGGGACCAUAAGUUUGGGACAAAUGCCAUCAUCAAGGGCUGCUCAGCUGUGUGUGGAACCAGAUGAGUUUCCAAGUCCAGCGCUUUCCUCCCCUCCUCCUCCACCACCACUUCCUCCUCAGCUUUCUUCUCUCCGACCUCCAUGUUUUCCUCCCACACAACCAGGAUCUAAUAAUAUUUGUGACUCAGAUAAUUCAGUGACUGAAAUUAACAAACAGCACCCAGGUGCUAGUAAGACCAACUAUAGUCAUUCAAAAAGCCAGAGAAAUAAAGAUGUUCCAAACAUGCUGGAUGUUCUGAAGGAUAUGAAUAAGGUUAAGCUUCGUGCUAUUGAACGGUCACCUGGUGGUAGACCCAUUCGUAAAAGGAAAAGACGAAGUUCACAUUGGGAUCCAGUGUCUUUAAUAUCUCACGCACUUAAGCAGAAAUUUGCCUUCCAAGAAGAUGAUUCUUUUGAGAAAGAAAAUAGAUCUUGGGAGUCUUCCCCAUUUUCUAGUCCAGAAACUUCAAGGUUUGGAUAUCACAUUUCGCAGUCAGAAGGACUGAACUAA